AUGCAGCCAGCCGACCAGAAUAAGAAUCUUGAAGGCCGUGAGCACCACUGCAGCUCCAGUACCACAGCCAAGUCCACGACAUGCAGCUCGGCAUUGCUAACCAGCUCCCCUCUCCUGAACCCAUCAUCAUUACCCUCGUCGUCAUCGUUGACACCACCCUCUACAACAGAUGCCGCCUCUCCUACGCCGCCAAUAGCACCAUCACCACAACUCUCUAUUGAACCAAUAGAUUAUACACUCAAACCAAGCAGACCAGGCUCCGAGCCUCUAGUCUGCGCUGAUUUCGGGCCCAUAUCCCUCUCUGCCAUCGACCCUUAUCAUCUAUUGACCCCUGGCGAUAACCACAGCAGCCAUAAUUUCGAGCCAGAGAGCACCAUGCUGAUGACAAUCCCCCAGGAUUGUGCCCAGGAAAAUUUAGAACGUCAGGUUCAAGAAAAUCAACUGUGGCUUCAGACCGCUUUCCUUCAUAAUCAGUUUCACCCUCAACAACUUCUACCAGUUAUGCACCCUUCCUCUCAUCUUCAACCUUUCCUGCUACCACCACUAACACAGUUAUCGUCAUCACCGUCGCCUUCAGCAUCAUCACUGCCACCACCACUACCUCCGACAGCGCUCACUCUUCCUUCCCCUCCCCUUGUUGCUCCUCUAUCAGCUCCACACUUGAUACAAUAUGAGCAUUCCCACUAUGACACUCAUCCUAACCAGCAACAACCAGCGACGCUCCAGCAAUCGACCAGUGGUAUUGAGCCUUUUUACCAACAAUACCACAAUUUAUCUCCACAGCAGCAACAAAGCAUGCUCCAGCAACAAACACAACAGCUGCCGCUACAGCAAUAUCAGAAUGGCGGAUCUCAUGAGAAGCGAGGUCAGUUCUUUCCAUGGCCUGCUUCCGCCACAGCUAUGACGCCUCUUCCAGGCAACUUCGGGCCAUUGCCUUUGGCAAACACGGGGACACUCACAUCUACAGCAAAUCCCCGGAUCACUUCGCGUCCAUUUCAGACGGUUGCGUACACUGGCCUAGCAGCAGCUGCUAAGCAUAACACCAAGCGGGCAGCUGAUGACAUGCCCGCGUCUGAAAGUUUGAGACCGGCCCAGCGACGGCGUCUCGAGGCCUCUCGAGGCCUAAGCAUCUCCUCCGAGGCCACGGUGGUAGCGCUACCAACAGUAGCAAUGAGAGCGGCAUCACAACCAACGACUGAGUCCAGUCCGCGGUCCACACAGCCUUCGAUGCCCCGCUCCCCCACAGCUACCCAUAGCUCCAAAGUGCUCUCGGCCAUGCCACCGCAGGGCCCUAGGACAACUACUGGCACCGAAAGCGUUCGAUCCACAAAGUGUCCACAUUGCGACAAGGAGUUUCAGUCCAAAGGGCUCCUGCGUUCGCAUAUGUUCCCCCUCUCAUCGACUGAAAUCGUGGUUUCGAUGCCUGGCGACAAAGGCGAGGAGGGCUGGACAUCUAAAAAGUAUAGAAAACAGCCUAGGCCCGGUCAAACCUCUACAAGGCCUCAUGGUGACAGCGGAGACGAAGGUAGCAAUGACGGCCAGCAGGAGGUGGAUGUGAGUGGGGGCGAUGGUCAAUCUAUGAAAAGUCUAAAAUACGUCAACCCGAGAGAGUUUUACACGUACAGGUUGCAGAUUCGUCCUAUGAGUUCAACAGACCAGCGAUCUCUCAUCUGA